AACUAGGGAUAGUGACCGUAUAUUUCCCAUCGUUCUUGUUGAUCUUGAUUUUGACUUAUUAAAUGUUUUUUUGUUUGUUUGUUUUUUUUUGUAUUGUCGUUGCUAAAACGAUGACUAACUAAAUGUAUUGCCUAUAAAAGUGACUUAUUUAACAGACAUAAUAGUAAUUCUAUUCACAUUGAAUUGUUAACAAGCAUUUUAUUCUUGUAUAAAAAUGCCGGCUUAUUGGAACAUUAUCGCUUUGUUUUGUUUGGCGACUGUUGUUUAUUCGCAAAGGGCUACAUCAUCGUCAUGCGUUUAUACCAUGGACAACGUGUUAGAGAAGAUGAUCAAGAUUGGGAUAAAGGUAGAGGAGAUAGAGAAAAGACUGAAUGCAAUAGAGGCUCAACAGAGUGGAACUAUUCAAGUCCUCAAAACUCCAAAGGUUGCUUUUAGAACCCAGCUGAGCUCUAAUCUCGGGACUGUAUCAUCUGGUUCCACAGUAAAGUUUGAUCAGGUUGACCUUAACCUUGGCAGUGCUUAUAGUGAUGGUGUCUUUACUGCGCCGUAUAACGGCACGUAUAUAUUUUCGAUGGUACUGGGAAAUCCUAAAGGAAAGCCUGGUGCCUUCUUCAUGAAGAAAAAUGGCGUUGGAAUUCAGUAUGCUAUAGCUGGGCACACGACUAGUUGGAAUAUCGGCGGUGUCACCACAGUAGCUGAACUUGUUAUCGGUGACCGAGUGUGGGUUGAAGGUGAAGGAAAUGUGUCUGGUGCUUAUCCCACAGCCAGAUAGCACACUGGGUUCUCUGGCAUUCUUGUAAACGCAUACUGAACGGAAGCAGUGACAGCUACAGAAGAAACAGGACUUAUUUUUGUAGAUUCAAGAAAUAGCAACACGUACUAUUCCCUCCUCCAGGCAUGCAGAAUUUAGCAUCCAUUUUCCCCCGAAUGCAGUCUUUACUCUUUUACCAAAGCAAGAUACCCAGAAAAAAUGUGCAUUUAAUAAAUUUUGUUAUAAAGCUACACUUUUUCGAAAUUCAUCUCAAAUGCCGCAUAAUCCAAUGUUGGGAGCUUCCUAAAAUAUGUAUAUAAAACACCCUAAUAUUUGUAAAUUUAUCUGCAAACAAUACAAUAAAAGUUUCGAUAUUGAACAUACAGUUUCUUACUGUCACUGCUUUUCUAUAGAGUAAUCCUGUUAUUUUCUGUUGCUUUUUUUUUUUGGUUUGUUUGUUAGUUUUUUGUGGUUUGUUUUUUCUAUUUAAGGGGACGCAUAUUGCUACAUUCACAGUUCAUACAGAAAUGCGGAAGGGGUGCAUAUUCAAGAAAUCGAUGGUGGGAAAAUAAAAAACAUAUUCCUAAACUGAUAUAAUACUGAUGGACACCUGUAAUAUUCAGUACUUUGUGGAUAAGGAUGCGGUACUAUGAAUGUAAUAGGAAUACAGAGGUCUUUGUGAAAGUACAUUCAACACAAAAUAUUAAGCUUUUGUAUAAGGAAAAAACAGGUUUUUACAAUAACAGUGUUCCAAAUAAUGUUGAAGGGAUGAAAUCUUCUUUCUAACACACCAGGUUUGCUUAAACAUGUAAAAAUUUAACGCCACGUCAUUUCAGCUCGGGAUGGACGCCAUAUUUCUCAUUGAUAAAAAAUGUAAACAAAAAAAUCAGAGUGGGAUUAGCAUUGCAAGGGAAUAACAUGACAUUCUACACAAUGAAUACCUUAGAACAGAUAUAUCUAAGAUGCUACACAGGUCAGGCGGGUUAAUUAAAUGCAUAAUGUCGAUCACUUGAAAUUCAUCUUGAAAAGGUGGUUAAUUUUAGUUUAUUUACAUGGUUUUUAAUUUUCCCACGACCUCUCGACGAUUCACUGCAAAUGUAUUACUGCGCCGGACGAAAGGUAACUCUAAUAAACAACGGGAGACAACUUAGGUGUCAGCAUGUGUACGAUUUUUAAAAAAACAUGUCGAUGAUUAUAAUUUCUUAUCAAAUAAUGAAUCCUAUUCAGAUAUUCGUCUUUAAUAAUAGAAAAUUUUUAAUUUCUGUGGACAUUUAUCAAAAAAUAUUACUUACAGUGGACUACUUUGCGCAUCAAACUGGUUUCCGCUUCAGUUGUGAGGCACUUCCGUUAUACUUUUUGACAACAAUAACAAAACACAAAAUGAAUCAAUAAAGUCACUUGUAAACCGAUUGCUACUUAAAUCAGUGUACUAAUAAACUUUGAUAAUGUGGCAGUUGACCUCAAUACAACCGACACUGUUUAUUUUCCAGUACAGGUAAAUCCAAUUAUUGCUUUACAAUAGAUCUGUGACGGAUUACCUUUGAACACCCCUGGACUUACUGGACUCAACUGCCACAUUAUCAAAGCUUAUUAGUAAGUAUAGUUGUUGUUACAACAUUAUACAUGUUCGUUACGUUAUGAGAUAAAGUUUAUCUUGAACUGCAUAAUCUAUUAAUUACGUUUAGAUGAUAUUGUAUUACAACUUAUUUGACCCCGUUUAUUUACGUGAAUGACAGCAUUCUCGUGCAACUCGUGCAAACACAGUUAUGAAAAGUAUGGUGGAGAAUUCAAGGACAAAUUAUAAAUUACAUUAAAGUGAGGAUAACUGUAUAUUCGUCCAGUUUUGAUCAUUGACAUUCCUGCUGUGUAUUAGUAAGUUUUGUGAGCAAGAUUAGAAUGUUACUUUUGCACAUAUAUACACAUUGAUUGGAUCUCUCAACCAAAUUCCAUUCCUUAUUUUGGGGAUUUUUAAGACAAUACAUUUUCAAAAGUUUGUUGAAUGUGUUUUGAUAUUUAAGUGCAUAGUAGUUCAUGAAUACCAAGUUAAAAAUUAAUAAUGGCAACAUUUCUAGUCCCUUAUUGUAAGCCACUAGACUUCUGUAACGAUAAAUGUUUAAUGUAUUAAGGGGAAUAUACUCUUUAAGUUUUGGAAUGUGGCAUUCCUUGACCACCGUAUCUUUUCUUAUGCACUUCUUUGUAAACAAACUAAAUAAUGUGUUUUAGCUUACAUAUGCGAAAUGAAAAACAAGACAGUGAACUUAUUUCACAUUCUUUCUUUAAAUUAGAAUCUGUAGGAGAUUGAUAAAUGUUUGGACAAGGUGAAGCACUAUUAUUUUCGCACAAAAAAGUAUUAAUUGUUGACUUUGAAUGUACACAAUAAGUCUUAUGUAAUUCAACAAUAACUUUCUUGUUUCAGUUUUUCUCAUUUUUUUAGUGAGCAAUCCUUUGUGUACUUAUAACAGUUGAAACAGUAUCCAUUUCAUAUACCAAAAUCUUGUACUUUUUUUGCAGGUAAAUUUUAUCAUACCCCAUCCACUUUUUUCUAAUUUCAAAGUAUGCGUCCCCUUAAAGUGUUCUUGAUUUGAUCACUUCCCCUUCAGAAAUUACCACUCCCGUAUGAACUUUAUCAAUUACGUGUAUGUAUUUGUUAACAUGUAUUUACACCAUGUAAACUGUGACUCUGAAUAAAAAGUAUUGACUUGACUUGACUUGACUACAUGUAAAGCCAUUACUUUGAUUAGAAUUACCUUUUUUGCUUACUUGAUGAUGUUACAUGUUUUAAAACAUAGUUUGAUUUUUAAUAAAACAAAUAAAUCUUGGCGUA